UCAAGGCAGUAAAAGUGUAUUGGCGCGAUAGUUACUAGUUGGAGCUUUCCAGGCGAUUGUGGAAAUCUAACUUCUUUACUGUAACCUUAUCGAAGGUUUUCGCGUCGGAUAAUUUUUUUUUGUUCAUUAUUGAACAUAUAUUUCUCAUUGCUUGGAGUGAUACCACUUUAAACAAGUGGCAGUGACAAGAGCUUGUCGAUGACAAAACAUACAAAAUAUCUUCUGCUACCGGCAUAAGAUCGUGGACGCUUGUAGCAUUCGACAAGUUUACCUAUGAACCUGUAGCGCUUCGUGUGAUAACAGGAGCAGCGUUUUCAGUGGAAGUGUGUUGUAGCAAAUAAAAAAAAAGCUUAACUUGCACAUUUUAUAGAACGAACACGGGGCUUAUCCGUAUGUGCUCGUAGAGCAUACAAAGAGAGCUGCCAAAGUUUUUUGUUUGCUUAGUACGAAAUCGUACAUGUGAAUUAAUAGUGAAAAGGAACUCUGAAAACGGUAAUUCGUACUUCGACGACGGUUGCGAAUAGCGGAUAAGCCAGUCGCACCUUUUUUCUGUCACUUUGUGUAUAUAUACACGCACAAAAGAGUACGUAAGAAACGUUCUGCUGACAAAGUACUCGGUGUUCGCUAGUUCGAAAGGUGCUGCAUUUAUCGUAAAUAUUUGAACGUUUUAAUAUUAAAAGGGGAAACCAAAGAGUUACAGAUUUACGACAAUGUUUGUCUGGAACGCGCCUGGUGUUGUGCAUCAGUGAACGGCUCCUAAAUCGCCGCCGGCGAAAUGGGAAACUGUAGAAGAAUGUAAUUACAAAGACCGAAAUGAAGCUGACGUGAGGAGGUGUCGUGCGUUUUCCAAGUGAUAGACUCCAACCAAGAACGGGCUUUCUGAUACGGGACUUGGACUUCGCAUUCAUAGAACAUCCUCUCAACAGAAAAGCUGCCAACAAGCCUUUUGCAAUAAAAGUUUGGUGACAGUUGCAUGAAUGAACGAUUCCGUCCCUAUUGGAAUAGAUGGGUAUUAUGCCCUUUGUUUCAAGAAUAACAAAUGCAAGACAGAGUUUGACAUACAAACAAAAUUUUCCACAUUUGGUCGUGUGAUAAGUGUGCGAAAGGUUGGAAGUGAAAAUGGAAUUGUGUUUGUUAGAUAUAAGAAGCAAUCAGAAGCUAAUGCGUGCUUUGCAGCAUUAAGAAAUGAUCAUGUCUACAGAGUUGAGAUUCCAAGGAGGACCAAAGGAAAAGGUGAUAGAAAAGGUUCAAAACGGAACAAACAGCAGCAAAGAGGACCUAUACACAACCAGCCAUACAGGACAUAUUCUGGUGUUCCUGAGCAAGACUUGCAUGGUGGCAGGAAGCCCUAUGUGCACUCAGAACCCCAAAGUCGCACGAAAGACAUUCGAAGAGGGCAAAACAUUAAAUAUGAAGAAAAGACUGUGACGCAGUUGGGAGGCCCCAAUCGCCGUAAAGAUCCAAGGAAAGAUAAACCUGUUACUGUAGAGAGGGGUUGGUCUUCCCCUAACACACAGCAUAUUACUGCCCCUAACACCCAGCAUAUUAAUGUUCAGCACACUGGAUCACAUUCAAAGUCAAGACGAGGCAAGAUGGGUGGGGCAAGUGAGGACUAUUUCCAGGGAUGGCCUCCAUUGAAACAGGAUCGUAGACACUCUCGACGAAAGCACUCAAGUGUGUCCGAAGAUGAAGAGACUGUGUAUGGGUCACCUGAACCAUGUGCAGAACCUGCUGUUGCUGCAGAAUUAAGUCCCUGGGAAGAAAGUGAUGAUAACUAUGAACAGCCUGUUAUGUCCCCAUCUCAAGCAGAAGCUGAUGAUGCUAGUCAUUUGGUUGAAGAUGAAGGGGCAUGUUCUCUAUCCAUCCUCAAUAAGCAGACCACUGAAACUGCAAGCUCAGCUCCAGUGAGGACAGACUAUGGAGGUUGGCCUCCACCAAGUCCACAUGGGGAAGGUGUUGUAGUAAAGACUGAACCACCCGCAGGUAAUGUCGAUGAACUUGAGCGCCUCAAGUUUCUUACAUUGGGGACUCCAGGACCACGUGCUGAAAGCUAUGAGCCUUUUGGUGGACUGGAAAAAUGCUGGUCCAGGACUCCGCCGUGGGAGCCCAGUAAUGAGACUCAGAAUCCAGUUAGGAGUUCCUCUGCAUCAGGGUAUGGUAUAUGCGACGUAAGUUCAUCUGUGCUGUGUCAACACCAUUUAGUGGCAUAUGGGACAGCCCAUACCCUGGUGAAUCUGGAUCAGGCUAGAGCAGUUGUUUUUCCUUCCGAUUAUUACUCGGCAUGUCAUUCCUUCUACGAAGAAGAGGAACACUGAGUGUCUACGGUGAAUGUUUAUUCUUUUUUAAAACAAAAAAAAAAAAAGAAAAAAAAAUCAGUGUCGUCUUUAUUUCUCAUUUUGAAUA